AUGUCCCUCGACUACUUCCGAGGGACCGCCAAGUCCGUGGGCUUGGUGGUCAAGUUCAAGGACGUCAGCUACAUCGUCCACGCUGGCAAGAAGAACGAGCUCCGCAUCCUGAACAACGUCACUGGCAUGCUCAUGCCCGGGAAGAUGACCGCCCUGAUGGGCCCGAGCGGGUCCGGCAAGUCGACCCUGCUCGACGUCCUCGCCGGGCGCAAGACCGCCGGCCAGGCCGAGGGCACGAUCGAGUUCGGCGGCGAGGAGCCGACCCUGUCCUUUCUCAAGCGCUGGACCGGCUACGUGGAGCAGUUCGACACGCUGCUGGACGCGCUGACGGUCGAGGAGAUGCUUACGUACAUGGCGCACCUGAAGAGAAGCCACAGGGAGAGCGCGGCGUCGAAGAGCGCGGCCGUCGAGGCGAUGAUCGCGUACCUCAACCUCGGGUCGUGCCGCACGACCAUGAUCGGCAACCCGCUGCGCCGCGGCAUCUCUGGCGGGCAGGCCAAGCGCGUGAACAUCGGCAUCGCGCUCAUCACGGAGCCGCGCGUGCUCUUCCUGGACGAGCCGACGAGCGGGCUGGACUCGUACACGGCAGACGAGGUCAUGUCCGUGGUGAAGGACCUCACGCGGAGCGGCGUGACGGUGUGUUCUACUAUUCACUCCCCCAGCACUUACACCUUUGAGUUGUUCGACGACAUCAUUCUGCUCUACGCCGGGAACGUGAUCUACCGCGGGCAGACGGGCGCCGAGAUGACUGCGUACUUCAACGGCCUGCGCAUGAAGAUGCCGGACCGCCACGCGCACGAGACGGAGGCCGAGUGGAUGGUGCGCGCCACAACGGCGCACCGCAGCAAGGGCGGCGCGGAGGCGGUGAACUUCGCCCAGCACUGGGCGGACAGCACGGAGCGCCGGAAGCUCGAGGACGCGAUGGACAGCCGCGUGCUCAGCGAGGCGCACACCACCAUGCGUGACGUCAUCGCCAAGGACUCCCGCCGCGGCAAGGCGACGGCUGUGCCGUGGUACUACGCGAUGCUCACUAUGUUCCGGUUCCGCGGUCUGAACAACUUCAAGAACUCGGAGUACAUGGGCGCGCGCAUCGGCGACAAGCUGCUCGCGAGCCUGGUGGUGAUGUCCAUCUUCUGGAUGCAGGGGGACGACACCGACGGGCCGCAGAAGAUCAUCAACACGGGCAGCAUUCUAUUCAUGGCGGCGGUCCUCCCGAGCUUCGGCGCCGCGGCGUACAUCCCAUCGAUCGUCAUGGAGCGCGCGCUGUUCUACCGCGAGCGCGCGGACGGGUGCUACUUCACAGGGACGUACGUGAUCUACAAGAUGCUCGAGGAGUUCGUCGUGGCCGCGCCGCUCACACUCGUCCUGAGCCUCAUCACCUUCUACCCGCUCGCGCUCCUCGGGAACUUCGCGGCGUACUGGCUGUUGUACCUCUUCACCCUGACCACGGGAAUCUCGUUCGCGUACGUCGUGGGGUCGAUCAGCAGCUCCAUGGAGGUCGCCAACGCGCUGCUGCCCGCGGUGGUCGUCGUGCAGCUCUUCGUCGCCGGCAUGAUCGUCCUGCGGCCCCAGAUCCCUGUGUACUAUAUUUGGUUCCACCACAUCGACUGGCUGACCUACUCCUUCCUAGGAUUCAUCCAAAACCAAUUCAGUGGAGUCGACAACGCCGUCUUCACGUCCCCGGACGGCAACCUGACGCCCGUGCAGUUCUACGACGUGGACGGCAGCUUCCCCCCCAACGAGUGGGGGUGUGUUGGCGUCCUGAUCGGCUUCACUGUGGUGUUCACCGCGCUCGCGACGCUCACGCUGUCCAAGGUCAACAUGGUGCAGCGCUGA